UGGUCAGCAGCGGCGGCGCUGGGCCGGUGCUGCGUGGCACGGCCAGAGUGUGGCACAGCCGGGGUGCGGCGCUGCCCGUUCAGCGCACAAAAGUGGCUGUGCUGCUCCGUGUCUUCCCUGUCACCCGCGGUGGCUCCGUUGUCCGCAGGCGGGGAGCGGGUGCCGCCGGGCUCGCGGGGCUGUAGCGCCCUCUGGCGGUCCCCUGCCGUCAGCGCUCCUCCGGCUGCGCGGCGGCCCCGGUUCCCCUCUUGCCUUUCACACCCGCACUUCUGUUAUCACUCAGGACGAGCAUCCUAAGGCCAGCUUUGAUAUACUUUCAUCGCUGAGCUCAGCGGUACGGAGAGUAUUUAUGUUUCUCCAAAACAGGGGGCAUCAUCUGCACUGCAGGCAGUCUGCUGACAGGGAGAUUAAAGCGUACUUUGCUGCUGGGAGGGAUGCAGCCUGUUCAUUCCUCACACAGAGGCCAGGGCAGGCAGACAUUGCUGAUAACCGUGUUAGAAGAUUGCCAGCCAGCGUGGUAUCAGUGCUGAGGUAUGAGUGCUGAUCAGUUUCUGAGGGUGAUGACCCCCAGCAGCACUGAGAUGCUCUCAGAUUUGCUCCUUCAGCAUUGCAUCGGAGGCCACGAAAUGCUGCAUGUGGAUAGUACUGCUCUGAUAAAGCUGAGCUGGGAAAUCGCAUGAGCCAGGCUGCACAAUGGAUUUAGCUCAGCCUCUUCUGAACUUCACAGUUUAGCCUUAACCUACUUACUGUGCUUGGGGCCAGUCCGUCACUCGUGGCCCCGUGAAGUGACGCUGGGGAAAGCCAAUGGCUGCAGGUAAUGCAUCGGUGCUCUAAGCCCAGGCCAACACAGGCAGGCAUGCAGCCUGGUGUGGCCAUGUGGGACCGGAUGGUGCUGAUGGGACCGAGGCCUACAGCCCCAUUGUUCUUCCUCUGCUUCUUCCUCUUCUUCUCCCCCUUCCCACAGCGUAGAGUGAGCUUGGGCAAGAGGAGCUGUUAGCUGUGUCAGCACAGGGCUGUGUUCCAGGUCACUUGUGUGGGAGGCACGCGGAGCGGGCAGCGCUGGGCUGAUGUGACAGCCAGGCCUAUGUGAAAGCAGCACUGGGCUUCCCUUCUCCAGGGACUGAUGCUGCAGCCCAGGAGGUAAACCAGAGUUUCUGCUGCUUCACAGAGAAGGCUUGGAAAGCAGCAAACCAGGGAUGUGCCCCAGUAAGGGAGCCUAGAGUGGCACCACUGAACGUUUCUGUUCACCAGACAUAACCAGCAGUCCCACAUUAGAACAUAACGCCAGUAGGCUCUGGAAGACAAAGAGAGACAAUGGAGCUAUUAUAGACAGUCUUGUUCCUACACACAAACAAUUAAUCCACGCAGUGCUGUUUUCAAAUAAUAACAGUCUGGAUUGGAGCCACAGAGCAGAAAAGUCUGGACUAAAGCCAACUUGCAAUCCUUAGCACACACUAUUCUGCCUCAGAUUUGAAAGCCAUAUGACCUUAUGAGAACCUUUUUGGUGUAAUCGCACCAUAUGUAAAUAAACGAAUUAAAGAUCAAUGCAGAGUUAUGAAUCACUGAAAAUCACUGCUCAUGUUAAUGUGAGAUAUGUGUACAAGGAUUAAAAGGAUGGGUCCAGAACUUUAAUUUAAGGUUGUAUUGAAAAGAUGCAGCAAUGGGACUUUUCUGUUAAAUUACUUCCUCCUCAUGAGUGCACUGUUAGCCUUGCAAUCUGCACAAAGAGCAACAGCUUGUCCUGCAACAAAUUGAGCUGAGGAGUGAAAGAGCAGGGUGCUGCCUGCUCUCCCUUCACCCCAGGGGAAUGUUUGAAGCAAACAGUAAGUUAAUUCGGGCUAAAUGGUGCAGUGGCUUCCCUGUGUGCACAGUCACAGUGCUGCAAUCAACUUGCCUGGCUAUCAGCUCCAAGGCUCUGCAAGUGAGUUAAGAGUAUCAGUGCUGUUAACACAGUGUUUUCCUAAACUGUGCCAGCUUUCAAGUCUCUAGUCCAAAACCUGGAAGUGCUAUAAGGAGAUGGCUGAAGUACUGUUUCUAAAGGAGGAAAAUAGUGUGGGACCAUUCUUGCUGGAAGUGAAAUAUAUAUAUACAUAUAUAUGCAUGUAUAUUUCAUACUCAGAUAAAUACCUGCCAUGGAAAAUUUCAGCCCAGGGUAGCUGAAGAAUAGUAACCUUAAAAGCACACAAAAAUUGUCUCAAGAAAUGGAAAGUAGUCAGCAGUCUUUCCUGUAAGAAAAUCCAAGUAAACUGCUUGUAAUCCUCUUAUUUGCUAUCAUGCUGAUGAGUGCUUCAUGCAUAUAGGCAAACAAGAUCAUUUUAUGAGUAGUGCAACAUCGCCUUGAUAAAGGCAAUGAUCCUCAUGUGAGGCACUGUUUGCACAUGGACUGUUUCCUUUAAAUAAGGCUUCCUGUGACCUUUACAAGAGGCAAGAGUGAUGCUGGCUUGAGGACAGCACACCACGUGACAAUACAAGGAAGCUGUAAAAGCCCAUGGAUCUGGACCCCAAGGCUUGGAAAGUCUUCUGGUGCUCUAAUGUUGCUGCUUUAUAGGAGCUCCAUAACUGUUCACCUCAGUAAGGACAAAGGUUACAGUGACCCCGAGAUAACAGUCUGUGCCCCAUGGCAUUGUUCAGCUACUCAGAACAGAGUGCAUGGUCACACUGUCCUCUGCCUGGGAUAGCAUUAUCUGUCAUAGCCUGGAAAUGUGGCAGAAAGAAUGUUGUCAUAAUUACUAUUAUGGCAUUUGUUUAAGAUAAGGUGGGAACAGAAAAUGGGUUUUAAAGAAGCAUGGUAAUCAUCAAAGCCAGCAAAACUGAUGAAAAAUUAUACCAACCAAGUGAAAGGUGGGAUAGUUUUUUGCUGCUGCAGAUCUCGGAAGUCCCCCUUAUCCAUGGAAAUUCUUAUUGAUAAGUGUAGAUAAGUAGUGUAGGCAAGUGUUAUAUGAAUAAUGAUCUGCCAAGUACACCUGACUGCUGUCAGAAAUACAUUAUAUAAAUCCCAGAAUGUGAAAUACUUAAUACCUUCAGAAUCGAGUUCAACAAGAGGAAAUUGAGUAUUGAUAAUAAUAUAUUCAGAUGUUUUUAAAUUCAGGCAUAAAAUCUGACAAUGUUUAAGCUUGGCUUCUCUUCCUAUUGCUAUCUGAAAUGAGAAGCUUAUUUUUUAAUUCCUCUGACACGGUAUUUUGUCAGUCUUUCCCACCCAUCUAGCCUGCAUGCUAUGUAGAUACAUUAGCAUUGAAACAUACCUGAUGUUCAGCAUGUAAGCAUAUCUUUCUGUGGGCUAAAUGGAAAGUGCACUGAAUUUUCCUUGAGACCUGCCCAAGGCAUGGGUCAUGAUGCCCUUCGGAACUCCUGUGAAGCUGCAGCUAAAAUUACAUUCUGUCUUUUAUUUUAAGGUUAAAAAACACAUUAGAUGUUAAUUAUUAAUCCAAAGGAGCUCUGAUCCUUGCUAUUAAUAGUAAAGUAGCUGAUCUACAAUAAAGAUUGUAUACUUUAGUUCCUAAAAUUAGCCCAGUUUGAAAAACAUACUGCUGCUGCUAUUACUAUUUCUGUAAAGUACAUUCCAAGAAACAGAAGGCUGGGUUCUGCCCUGGGAUCACACUUGCUUCAGGCGAAGACGUUUCCUGCUCAGAUAUGCUGGUUAGCUGUAAUCACACCAUGCUGUGGCUCUGGUCUGUGCAGGCUACGUAUCACAGUCUGUGCAACCGACAGCAGCAGCUGAUCCAAUAUUUCCUCUCAUAUCAGGGGUUUGUGAGGGUGCAGGUGUACGUGGUGUUCCAUAAUCUUCUAAUUACCCAAAGGGACUUGCAACUGGAAAUGAGUUAACACAUUUCCUUCCCAGAGCUAAUGGGAAGAUCAAGGAGAAAUUCUCUCUUCCUCCUAGUCCAUUUGCUUUCUUCAUCCCACCUAGGCUUGCACCAGAUUCAUGUUGCACAGCAAUCACUGGGAAGGAGUGGAAAGCUAUGACUAUUAUCCCAUUUCUUUCAACUUAGAAUUAAGGUAUUGCUCAGUUUUACAUAAAAGUCAUUUCAUUCACUUGAUUCUGAUAACUUUCCUCACACUGAAUAUCCACUCUCCCUAUUGAAUUAAGUGGGAUUUAUGGUAUAAGAUAUCUGACAUGACAGAACAUCACAAAAUCAGACUUUAACAUAAAGAGAUGUUCUUGUGGUGUAUUUAUUGAGCUCUUAAGUAUAUCACAGGACAAGAAAAUACCCAUCAGUGGUUACAGCAUCAACAGUAUGCUGCUGUAACUUCAGCAGGACUGCAUGGCUCUUUCAGCCUUCCUACACAAAGUGUUAUUUCACUUCCUUCCAGUAGCAAAAGAAGUUGAAUUCGGGUCUCCAUAUUUGAGGCAGGUGCUCACAACCCAAAGUUGCUGGAAAAAAAAGCGAAGGGUGGGGAAAGGACUUCUCUUCCCCUCUGCUUUGCGUUAGUUGCUAAACCAGUGUGUCCUUGAGAAGACCUGCACAAACUGACGCAGACAGCAUGGCAAGAGGAAGAGCUGAUUUUGUGCAUCUCCUGAGACAGAGGAGAGAGCAGGAUUCCAGGUUGUUACCCCAAGUGUAAAGGAUCUCAUACAGAAGACUGCACAACUAGGAAUAUGAAACAGCAUCCAAACCCAGAUUGCCAGUGGGAGCUGGGAGUGGAGUUUUUGGAAUCUAAGUUCAGAAGUUGAUACUUUCAUCCCUUUUGUGAAUUUAGCUGGUAUUAGCAGCUACCCAUGGAAUUCCAAAUCUAAUUUAUCACCAGCAAUCUUCAUUUUUCAAGGGAAAUCUAUGCAUUCUCUUCACAUUAAUUCUCUCUCCCGAGGAGGGAGCUCAAGCAGAAAACCACGGAGAACACUAUUAAAAGAAGUAAGUGCUGGGAGAGAAAUAAGGAGUAUUGUUGUGGAGAAAAGACAAUUAUCUUGAAACAUGUAAAUCACAGCUCAGUUCAAGCAGGGUAUAUUCAGACCUUGUCAUGAUUUACAACACUCGAGACAGGCCUAAAACAAGGGAACACAUUUUCCACAACAGUUCUGAUUUUCCAAUGAGAAUGAGAACUCUCAAACACCAGAAGUAAACUGUGAAGCGACACUGAUGUUUCUUUGUUUCUGAAGCUACUGCCCAUACUGUUAUGGCAGAAGCCCCAGCUACCUAACCUUGUAGUAAAGAGGAAAACCUAUGCUUCAAGCAGACUGCUUUUCUGUGCCAAAUAGUAUUGCAAAGUGCAGCCUAAUUAGAUCUCUGCUAUCACCCACACAUUCCUCACACUCACUGUUUGGCAGCUUUCUUCCUUCUGGUAUGUAACAGUUUUCCCUAAAAUAUACUGGUUUGCAUUGUCCAAGGUCAAUCUCACCAAAUUUGCUGUCAGUGUUUGUAACCACACUUUGAUAACUGCUAUUGCUGCUCUCACUAUUUGGUGGGGCAUCUCUGAGCCCACAGCACUUUGUAUUCCAAGAUGCCAUGUAAAGGAAUAUCACUUCUAUUUUAUUAAACGGUCAGUCCAUAUAGCACAUGCAAUAUCACGAACAUUUGUCCACAGGAAAAUUUUUAUGAGAUUCUUAAAGUUUUCUUACUGAGAUGCAGAUUCUGUCAGUCUGAAAAAGCAAUUCUAUUAUCACUGUUUUUUAUAACUGAAGCUGUUUUAUCAUACACAGUUUCAUGUACACUCACGGAGCCCAAUUCUGCUUCUUUUACUGUUCCAGUGGCAGUACUGUUCCAGCUUAUGAGAAUGUUAAGAAUUUGGCCCUAUAUACCCAUUUAACCCUAAUUUUAAAAAGCACUGAUAUUUGGCAUCUUCUAACCUGCAAUGCUUAACAUGAUUUCUGGAGGAAGUUCAGUACUUAACUGCCAGUGAAACUAACAGUCAGUAUGCAUUAAAUACUCAUAAUAGCACCAAUAGAUCACAAAACUUCUGUAAGGAGUCACUUUCAGAUUUCCAAGAGGAGGCUGGGUGGUGACAGAUCUGCUCACACGCCCUGUACUUUGACUGUUCCUGCAUGGCACAAUACACCCUAAGAUAUCCCACCCUGCCUAGUUGCUUUCAUUAUAAGGAAAAUUAAUAACAAAAGCAUUUUAUCUGCUUUCUUUACUGUGAAUCUCUAAACUUCAGAUCUUCAAAUCUGAGACAAACUCUCCAGUUUGCCCCAUAGGGAAGGGGUUGUAGCCCCUCACCAGGACUGUCCAACAUAGCCAGUGCAGCCCUUCUACAGGUUUCAGCUGUCUGCAGUGCAAGACCUAGUUCUGACAGCACCAGCUCUGAGAAACUUCUGAAAAAAAUAAGUUGUGAGAAAGAACUGGGAGAAAGUACACAGAGCCACGUGAGAUAAGAAAAAACAACUGCAGUGGGUAAUGCUGAGAGGUGGAUAGCCAGCAGUUCAAGGAUUCAAAAGGAAAAACACUGAUAUUAAAAUGUGUGAAAUCCUAAGAGAAUAAAACAAGUGGCCGUAGGAUGGCAACUCUCCAACAAAGGGCCCGUUCCAAGGACAGCAAAGACAUUUCCCUGCGUGGCUGACACCUGGUGGGCCAACAGAGACCUGCUGCUUCAGAGGAAAGCCUCUUCAUGAAAUGUCACCUUCAGAGCCACCCAACUUAGAAUCAUAAAAUCAUGGAAUCAUUAAGGUUGGAAAAGGCCGCUAUGAUCAUCAUGUCCAAUCAUCGACCCAUCACCACCAUGUCCCUCAGUGCCACAUCUACACUUUCUUGAACACCUCCAGUGAUGGUGACUCCACCACCUCCAGGGGCAGUCUGUUCCAAUGCAUUACCACUCCUUCUGACAAGACAGGUUUCCGUUAGGUGUGAAACUGUAAAAACCACGAACUUUUAGCUACUGGUUAUCAAAUGCCAGACCAGACAACCUCUAGUUUGUCGUGAGCUUUUACUCCUCACUGAGGAUAUUAGCCACAUGAUUCAGUGCCAAAGUGGGUAAUGAAAUGUUGUAUACUGUGGAGUACUUUCAGAGCAGGGAAUCAUCAUUUCUGAAUCAUCUUGAUGUAAAGAUCUUGGAUGCUGCUGAGAAGAUCUGAGAAUCAAAGGAAGUAGCUCAGAGCAGAUCUGCCAAAUAACUGAUGGAGAGUUCAUUCUUGUGAAAAAGCAAGAGGAGAACCUGUAAAUGCAGGAAUUAUAAAGUCCCUGCUACUUAAAUUAUUGAGGCCACUAAUUAAGGAUAGAUAAGUGAUGAUUAUGCUGCAUUGAUGCCUUGACAACUGUAACUUUCUCAUGGAACAUAGUAAACUGAUAUAAAAGGCAUCUCCUUUCUUUCCAUUCUGUAACAGAAACUAACAAAAAGCUUUUAUCCAACUUCCACACAAAGAUUACAAUCAGAACACAAUUAAGCCCAAGAAGACAGUGCUGAAGGAGUUGAUAAAGAUAUAAACAGGCUUCUUGGACCUAAGUUCUUGGAGUGAUUACAGUAUACACAAAUGAAAAACCUCAUUUUUACUCCAAGUUUUACGAGGGAUACUUGAAAGGACUGUCUCAGGAUGAGACCUUAGAGGAAAAAAGAAGAGACUGAUAGCUUGAAGUGCACAGUGAUCCAGCAAGCUGCACAGGUUACAGAUCCUUCACCAGCCUGUGAAAUCAUAGUAAGCACUUCAUUAGAAAAUUUCUUUAAAAGUAUUAUUUUUUUAAGCAAGGCAAACAUUUAUGGCAGUCUGAUAGCACGUCAGUAUACAACCAAACUAAUUUCCUGAGCUGCUGAAGACAUACGUAGGUCAGCUUUGUGUCUUGAGGUGGCUUUGAGUCAUUUCUGUUUGCAGAAGAUGGUAUGAAAUCUCACACCGAGGAGCAGUACGUACCUCUCCUGGUGUCGACAAGAAGUGCUAAAGAGUCAUCAGUCAGUGCAAAUAGCGGCAGGGAGGCGACUGCUAUCACUGCCGGCGAUCCUGCUUGCUUUAGUUUCUCAUCUGCUGUUUCUCAUCUGGCAUGUAGGAGAUUUUCUUUAGCCAUGAGGCUGCACUGCAGAGCUGGUGUACGUAAAGGGCACUCUCGUGCCAGACCUUGCACGGGCCACCUGUAACACAGCACUCAAGGACAUUCUCCACGGGCAUUUUAUGCCUUUCCUGGCGCUCAGCGUGAUGGUGUGGGGAAAAUCAGGUGAGUAUUUAACAGGGUCAGGCAGGCUGGAAAAUAGUUUCCAACCGGGCAAACUGAGACAGAUGAACGACUACGGACUGCAUCGUCAGUUAACGCUCCGGUACACAUUUUAAAGCUUAUUUCUUUCAAGCGUCCUCUCAAAGGAGGUUAACGCAGAAACACCUCAGCGCUUCAGAGCGCGCUGAGGGGAACGACCGCGCGUGAGGGGAAGAGCCCUCUGCGCGGCACCGCGGUCCGCCCGCCGAGCCCCGCAGCGCCGCCAAACGCCGCCGGCGGCCGCGCCCCCGCGCCGGGCGCUGAAAAAGGCCGGGUCGGAGAGCCGCGCCACUCGCAGCCCGCCCGCCGCCGCGACGCGCUCUGCUCCCAGACCGCCGUCCUCGGCCGAAGGUCGCGGCCCCUCAGCGACGUCAUGACCGUGCUGAAGCUGUCCCUCAUGGCUUUCAGCUUCGUCUUCUGGGCGGCGGGGCUGACGAUGCUCAUCGUCGGCCUCUGGGCUAAGGUGCGGCUGGGGGGCUACCUGGCGCUGUCGGCCAGCGACUCCCCCAGCGCCCCCGCCAUCCUCCUGGCCACCGGCACCGCCGUCAUCGUCUGGGCCUUCCUGGGCUGUUUCAGCGCCGCCACCGAGCACCGCGGCCUCCUGCGCACCUACGGAGUCUUCCUGGCGGCCGUGCUGUUGGCCGGGCUGACCGCGGGGCUCUCGGCGCUCCUGUACCGCCAGGACAUCGCGCGGGGCUUCCGCGAGGGGCUGCGCCAGGCCCUGAGCGCCUAUGGCGAGGACGAGGGGAAGGCGGACGCCCUGGACGCUUUGCAGCGCACUUUGGGCUGCUGCGGUGUGGAGAGCUACCGGGACUGGCUCGCCUCGCCCUGGGCGCUCCAGCAGAACGCCUCGGUGCCACUCAGCUGCUGCCGGGCCCGGCGGGGCUGCUCACUCAGCUCGGCCGGCACACGCGGCCUGCACCCGGAGGGCUGCUUCGGCAAGGUCUCGGCCUUCGUCAGCAGCAACAUGUUCUGCAUUGCCACCGCUGCCCUGGGGCUGGCGGUGCUGCAGGUCGUCGGCAUCGUGCUGGCUUGCCUGAUGGCUGUCCGCGUCCCUGCUCACAUUACCGCCCUGCACUGAGACCUCCCCAGGUCUGGCCAUUGUCACCUCCUGCUCCCUUCCUUCCCCUGGAUCUGGGAGAUCUGGGUGUGCCCCAGCUGGAAAACCUCUUCAUCGUCCCCAUUUCACCCUUCCUCUGUGGUUUGUUUCUAUGCUGGAGCCUGUGUCAGAUACGCCAGCGCCAUAGGUAUCUCCACAGUCUCUUGGAGCUGCCUCCUAUCCUGGCUGUGUCGCCUGCAUGACGGCAGGUUUCCACUUCCCCCCAGAGCCUCUGGGCACAGAGUGGAGAGCAACAGCAUGGACAGACAUCACCCUGUUGGGGCAGAUGGACAGCUGGGUGACAGCUCAGCACACGUCUGGGUGAUGUGAACAGACAGAGGUACUGAAAUGGGGGCUGGAAAGAGAAGGCCUGUGGGAGCAAGGCAGACAUCUCAGCAUUUUAUUGGGCGCGUUUUCUGAGACCAGGAGCUGCUGGAAGAUCAGUGUCACUCGAAUACUGGAGUGCACAGGUGGCAUGUGGGGUCUGCGUGUGUCUGGGGACAGCCACUGAGGGCUGCUUGAGGAACUGCUCUGCAGCAUGCACUGCACCACUGUGCUUCACUCUAGUGAGUUCCUUGCAAAGAUGACAGGUCUGGACAUUUCCACCAUAGGAAUUAGGAGUGUAGCUAGCAAACCUGCAGAGAAUAGGUAAAUGCCAGCAAAUGGGAGCAGGACAGGAAAUUGUCAGUGACGGAGGAGUUAAUGGCCUGGGAGGGGAGAGUGGAGUUUUCCAGGGCAAAGGGGAUUAGCAGUAGGGCCCAAGUAAAGAAUGCACGGGAAUGGAGAGUGAGGAAAACUAGACUUCAUAGAAGUAGGCUUCUGGGAUUUUAUGGCAGUGUUCCUGGGGUGAAGUCAGGGCAAAACUUGUAUUUAACUCCCAGAGAUUCUGAUUUCAGGUAUUUUCACUGCUUGUAAUUGUUUGUGCAAUUUAAAAAUACCUGGAAAUGCCACUGUUUCUGUCUUUGGUGGUAGCAAAGCCCUUUUGUUCUCUGCCAGUUUCCUUUUGUUUGAAAGAGGGACUGAUCGGUCAGUUCUGUGAUGAAUUUGUCCAGUCUGUAGAACUGUAACUGUUUCUGUCCUGGGGACAGUACUGCAGUACGGCCUGUUAAUGACAGCCCCUGACCACGUGAACUGCUUUCAUAAAGGUGCAGUAGUUCUGUAGAGCAAAGCAAGGCAAUGGUGGGGACUGCUGAAAAAUGGUGUUUUAUGGAUGAGAAUUUGUUCUGUCAAACAGUGUCUUUUUGCUGUUUGAAUCUCUGAUAAUUUCUAUGGAAAUAAACAGGAGGCAUUACUUUCAGAGAGACCUACACACAAGCAGAAUUCUGCAAGGAGCAGGGAAUAUCCAGCACUCUCUGGAGUGAGGUGUGCAGACUACUUUUGCUGCUGUAUUCAUAGGAAUGAUCUUUGCUUGUAUAAAUAAUUUCCUCAAAGUCAGUUCUCUUGAUCAAAGCAGAGAUAUAAAAAUAUAAAAAGAGAAAGUGAGUUCUGUCCUGAUGAUGUAUGUGUUUUGAAGUGUUAGGAGUAAGAUGAUCAGGAAGGUUUUCAGGGCUGUGCCUAAGACACGAAGGUGUGUAGUAUGCCUUUUGGGUGAGCAGUUCAGGUCAGCGUGGAUGGAUGGAGCUUACAGUUGUGGGUUAACAGUUAUGUUGUACUUGAGUGGUAGUCAUGGUUUUAUGCACCUCCCAUUUGCUCAGGUGUCAGGUGGCUACGUUAAGUAGCAUGAUAAUCAGGUCCCAGGUAAUGAGUGCAAUGUACGCAGGUUUCUUAGCCAUUUCAUAGCUCAUCUGCAUAGAUGAACUCUGGAUAUGUGUUGGGAAUUUCUCUUUUUGGAGCAAAUGUUUUGUUCUUUUUAGUGCUGUUUUUUUAAAUUGUUUCUUGUUUUAAAUAAUUUAAUUGCAAUUUUAUGAGUGUCCCUGUACUAACAUGUUUUUGAUGUUUUUUUUGGAGCUAGGCACUAAUGGAACUCUGCUGUUUUCUGAAAAUCAUUGUCAUUUUGUACAGUCUUAACAGUGUGCAAGAAGUGUAAUUUGUAUGAGAAAUGGUACUUCAGAAAUAAAGUAGUGUUACAAGCAGCACAAGUCACUGAAUCCAA